AAUAAAGCCCACACCACUCCGGCCUCCCUUGAAGUGUCGAGGCAGCAUACAUCUCCCAGCACCACGAGUUUUCUUGCUUCGAGAGAGCAAUUGCAUCUUGUAUCCACUCGAAAAAGCACUCGCAAUACCCGGUCACCGACUCUCGUCUACCAUUGUUUGCAGUUCUGGAUCCAGACAACCAGUAUCUCGCAGUACCCGAAAGCCGCGGGCUUCACCGGCGCACCCGGUCCGGUCUUGCACCGGAACUUAUGGAGGAUUUUAGGAGGACAUUCCCCGGUCUACGCCUCGACAACAUGCACAACGGUACUGGAAACGCUCAAGGAAAUCUUGGAGAACCUUUCCAGCCAGUAUAUGCUCUGCAGAACUCCGUCCUGAAUCAAACCAGGUCUCUUGAGGGACACGAUAUGGACACAACCCCGCGUGCUACACUCCAUCAGUCAACAGAUCAACAUAGUUUCGGACUGGAAUCGACGUUGUUUGAACACCAGCCUCAGAACUUCUCGAGUUUGUCGUCGAUGUCGUUUCUGACGCCUGGGAGUGGUUCACACGUGAACCCAUAUUCGACUGGAUCUCAUUAUGGAAGCUACAUGCCUCAGCAGACACAACAGCACUACUCUGCUCAACACAGGGCAGAUCCUGGUCCCAUGUUUGCUAUUCGCUCGCCGCAGAGUGUCUUGCCUACCGCUGGCUACCACCACAACCAGCCCUCUCCGCAGUCCCAAUUCCAGCACCAGUACCCUUCCAUGGACCGACCGCAGCAGGAGAGCAUUUUCACACAUCCACAGAUGUUAUUGAAGCGAAGUCCGGAAGAAACGGCCAUGAGUUCACCAGAGGCGGAUCAUUCCGGCGGGAGUGGAUGCAUGUCGCCCAGUGCGUUUCAGCACAUCCCUGCUCCAGUUGAGGAAGUAUCACCGCUCAGGUCUCUGCCUGGAGUGUUCCCGACGGAGGCAUUUGGUGAUGGUGGCAUUUAUAUGGGGAGGAGAGAAUCGUUCAGGUUCGAGACGAUAUUGAGGGCUUCGACGAGUAUGACAAAGCACCCCGACGAGAUCCCAGUCACGUACCUGAACAAGGGUCACAUCUACACGUUCUCCAUUCGUGACACUACGCCAGUGUCAGGCCGGAUCUUGACCUACCGAAGCUAUGCGAGAAUCUCUUUCGAUGAACCUGCGCAGCGCAAGCGUGCUGCCUACGCUUGGCGAGUGUGGCGGGACGGCCGAGGUGGUGACAACGACAAGGAAGCCGAGAAAAUGAAGGCGGUCAUUUGUGAAGGUCUUUUGCCAAAGCAUGGUAAGGGUGGGAGGACGAUCGGCUUUGAAUUGGAGGAGGACUCGGUGAAUUUCGAUGGCUUCGCCUUUCGAUGGAGUACUUCGAGGCCGGAGCAGCAGAUUGAUGUUGAUGUGAAGUUUAACUUCCUGUCGACCGACUUCUCCCAUUCGAAAGGUGUCAAGGGGUGCACCGUUCGCUUCUGUGUCAAGACUGAGGUUCUCGCUGAUCAUGCCCUGCCGAUCCCGCCUGGUAUGCCCACCUGUGAGGUGGUGUUCUGCAAGGUCAAGUUGUUCCGCGACAAGGGUGCGGAGCGUAAGUUGGUGAAUGAUACGCGGCAUAUUGAGAAGGUAAUCGCCAAGUUGAGGGAGAAGGUCAGGCCUGUCAGUGCUGCCGUCGAGAAGGGAAAGAAGAAGGGACACGGGAGGUCCCAUUCUUUCUCCGUCGCGACCGGGGAGGAUGAUACUGCGCACAAGGCUGGCAGAAAGUCUGGUCACAAGCGUGACUGGAGCAGGUGUACUCAAGCUUCCAUGUUCGAGGAUGAGGUUAAAAUGGAGGGAGACAGCGAAGAGGCUGUGGCGAAGAGGCUUGACAAGGCCAUGGAGCUGGAGGCAAUGUUUUCGAGCCAGAAGCCGAUUAGUCUCUUGUACCUUCGUGGCGACCCGGAGGAUGACCCGGACAUGUUCCCCGUACACGUUGACAAGCACGCUGGUGAGAUGGAUGUGGACCAUGUUGGCGAACCCAUGAGGCCGCGAGAUGCGCCGCGCAACUUAAGUUUUGCUUCCAUCACCACAUCCGGCACCUCUGUUGCGAGUCCGGCGUUGAGCCACCAUUCUCUUGGAUCUCGCGGCUCGGUGCCUGAGAUUAUGGUAAAAUCCGAGUCGCCGCUGAAGAGACAAGCAUCUAUUGCAGAGGCAACCAUGUGGAAUGAUCCCGUUGCUAGUCAGUUUGGCAUCGUUCAGGCGAUCGUCGUGCCUUCCUCUCGUGCGGAGGUUCCCCUUGGGCCUAGUGCUGGGCCGUCUCCCGCACCUUUCUCGCCUACGGCAGCGAGGUUCGCUCAGCAGAUUCAGCAGCUGGACGUCGGCAGUGGUGGCAUGGAGCAAGUGCCGAAUGAGAAGGUGAUUGAUGAGAUUGUAAGAUUGGUUCGAGUGUUGAAGGAUCGCGGAUUUGAUUGUUCCCAUUUUUUGAGGCAACUUCAGGAGAUUGAUGGUACUGGGUCUGGGACAGCGGAGACGAUUAGCGCAGGUGGAUUGACUUCUCCGCCUGAUUCUUAAGGCGCAAUGGGUUCUUGGAAUGGUGUUCGCUUUUGAGGGUUUUCACAUACGGCACAUUCAUUUGGGUAUUUGUGGCGUUUUUUGG